GCCGCCUUGUCGAUCGCAAUGACAAAAUGCUAGUCCUAUUCCUGCUGAUCGUGGCGAUUAUCGAAGCGAUUGGCGCCUUUCAGCCCGAAUUUGUGGAGAGCAUUUCGAAUGUGUCCGUCGCUGUGGGACGCGACGCAACCUUCACGUGUCACGUGCGACGUUUGGGCGGCUAUCGCGUGGGCUGGCUGAAGGCAGACACCAAGGCCAUCCAGGCCAUACACGAAAACGUCAUCACCCACAACCCGCGCGUAACUGUCAGCCACCUGGACCAGAACACGUGGAAUCUGCACAUCAAGGCCGUCUCCGAGGAGGAUCGCGGCGGCUAUAUGUGUCAACUAAAUACGGAUCCCAUGAAGAGUCAGAUUGGCUUCUUGGACGUUGUUAUACCGCCAGAUUUUAUAAGCGAGGAUACCUCCUCGGAUGUCAUAGUGCCCGAAGGCAGUUCGGUGCGUUUAACAUGUCGGGCCCGUGGCUAUCCGGAACCCAUUGUCACCUGGCGUCGCGAGGAUGGCAACGAAAUCGUGCUGAAGGACAACAUGGGCACAAAGACAUUGGUUACUUCGUUUCGCGGUGAGGUCCUGAAGCUGACGAAAAUCUCACGCAACGAGAUGGGCUCAUAUCUGUGCAUUGCCUCGAAUGGUGUGCCGCCAUCGGUUUCGAAGCGCAUCUCGCUAAGCAUACACUUUCAUCCUGUCAUACAAGUGCCGAAUCAAUUAGUUGGCGCACCGCUUGGCACUGAUGUUCAAAUCGAGUGUCACGUUGAGGCCUCGCCCAAAUCAAUUAACUACUGGAUUAAGGAUACGGGUGAAAUGAUUGUCUCCUCGGGCAAAUACCAUGUGCAGGAGGCGUCGAAAUCCAUGUACGAGACCAAAAUGACAAUGAUUGUUCGCAAAUUCCAGAAGGAUGAUGUGGGCUCGUAUCGUUGCAUAGCGAAGAACUCACUUGGAGAGGUUGACAGCAGCAUACGGUUGUACGAAAUACCCGGUCCGAAUCGUAAAAAUCCCACGUCUGGGAAAGCGGGCGGCGGCGCUGGCGGCACAGGCCCUGGCAGCGAUGCGGAUGCCAAUGACAUUUUAAAGCUAAAACAACAAGUCAAAGUCACCUACCAGCCGGAGGAUGAGGAACUGUACGGCUCGGCGGAGGAUUUCGAGGAGGGCGACUUUGCCUUAUCGCCGCAUGUUUACUACACCGGCAACAACGGGAAUAAGCCACCCACCCAUAAGCCGGGCAGCGGAGGUGGUGGUGGCGGUGGUGGCGGCCACCAGCACCAACAACAGCACCACCAUCACAAUCAUCAUCACCAGCAGACACACGGCGGUGGCAAUGGAGGCAGCGGCAUCGAUUUGGAUUUCGGCAAUGGCAUCGGCAGUGUUUCGGGUGGUGCCGGAGGCUCAGGCAUCACACGUAAGCCGCCCUAUUAUGGGGCCGGCGGUGGCCUCAGCAAUGGGGGCGGCCCCAAUGGGGCCGGAAAGACGGAAGUGCGCGGCGCCAUGGACAACAACGAGCUCGGCUCCAAUGGCGCAACGACGCUACGGCCCUGGCCCUGGGCUUGGGCCCUAGGCCACUAUCAGCGACACCAUCGCUGGCUGCGACAUUCUCUCUUAAUGGCCGUUGCACGUUCCACGCUUCACGUUCACGCUUCUGCCACCGAACGUCUGCGUCUGCGUCUCCGCCUCUGCCUCGGUCCCGCCCCCCAGCUCAAGUCGUCAGCCCAAGUCGUUGGCCACAAGAAGGAGAAGGGUGCAGGACCACAACAGUUGCCAAAACAAAAUUAUGCGGCCGAACAUCGUUUACAUUUACGCGCCUCAAAAUGCGGCAGCCUCGAGCUUGCCUCCUCAGCAAGGGUUGAAGUUGAAACUGAGGCUGGCGCGGCAGCGGCGGCGGCAGCCGAAGAAGCGCCGUUGGCCAGAAAGCAAAAAAUUGACUUUUAA